GCGGGAAAGAGAAAUUUGUUGAUUAAAAUUAUGAGUCUGAUUUAACAAUAUUAUAAAUAUAUAGAGAUAUUUUUUUUUUUUUUAUGUUAGCAGCAAUUGGUACUCUGUAGGAAGAGAAACAUUAUUAUAUAUCACAAGUAUGGCUUCAUCAAAACCACAGCCUUCAACAAUCAAGAAACUUGAUGAAGUUGUAGUGAACAGAAUUGCAGCAGGGGAGGUAAUUCAGAGGCCAGCAAAUGCACUGAAGGAGCUUAUAGAAAAUAGCUUGGAUGCCAAAGCUACAAACAUUCAAGUAACGGUAAAACAAGGAGGUCUUAAGCUGUUACAGAUUCAAGACAAUGGUACAGGUAUUAAGAAAGAAGACAUGGAGAUAGUGUGUGAGAGAUUCACAACCAGCAAACUACAGAAGUUUGAAGAUCUCCAAACUAUAGCAACCUAUGGCUUUCGGGGAGAAGCACUAGCCAGUAUCAGCCAUGUGGCUCAUGUUACCAUAACAACCAGAACCUCAGACUCCAAAUGUGCAUUCAGGGGCUGUUAUCUUGAUGGCAGAUUGAAGGAAGCCAUUAAACCUUGUGCUGGAAAUGUUGGCACUCAGAUCACUGUUGAAGACUUGUUUUACAAUAUUGCCACACGGCGGAAAGCACUUCGGAGCGCUGCAGAGGAACAUGCCAAGAUAGCCGAAGUCGUCAGUAGAUAUGCAGUCCAUAAUUGUAAAGUUGGCUUUACACUAAAGAAACAGGGAGAAAGCAUGGCUGAUGUUCGUACACCACAGAAUUCAUCCUACGUUGACAACAUACGGACACUGUUUGGAUCAUCCGUAGCAAGAGAAUUGCUGGAGGUGACACAUGAAGACAGUCGACUUUCGUUCAAGAUUCAUGGUUUUGUCUCUAAUGCCAACUACUCCAUGAAAAAGAGUGUGUUUCUUCUCUUCAUUAAUCAUAGACUGGUUGAAUCGUUAAAUCUUCGAAAAGCCAUAGACACAGUCUACCAAGCUUACCUUCCCAAAAAUACUCAUCCAUUUUUGUAUCUCAGUUUAGAAAUAGCCCCUCAGAAUGUUGACGUCAAUGUCCAUCCGACUAAACAUGAAGUGCACUUUCUGUAUGAAGAUUCCAUUGCAGAAAGUAUCCAGAGUGCUAUAGAAACCAAGCUUCUAGGAGCGAACACAUCCAGGACUUUUUUCACACAGGCCCUCCUUCCCGGAGCACCAGUAUUGGUUAAUGAAGAACUAGAAAAGACAAAACCGUCAAGUUCAGGAUCUGGUGACAAAGUUUACGACCAUCACCUAGUGCGAACCGACAGUCGAGAUCAAAAACUUGAUACAUUCUUUCAGAAGCCAUCAAUCUCGGAAAGCCAGAAUGUUUGUGACAAAGAUGAUCACUCAAUGGACAUUGAUGAGAAUGUGUCAACCGAUUCCAAAAGCCCAACCGACAAGAGUACAAGUAGUCCAGCAGCAGGACGAUGCCAGCAGAAGUCCAGCAUCAAAUUGACCAGUGUCCUGGAGCUGCAGAAAGAGAUUGAGGACAACGUGCAUGCUGGGUUGCGAGAAUUGGUCCAGAAUCACACGUUUGUUGGAUGUGUCUCGGAAGAAUAUGCUCUUGUUCAACAUCAGACGAAACUGUACCUCGUAAACACAACAAAACUGAGCCGAGAACUUUUCUACCAGAUUAUGAUGUAUGACUUUGGAAAUUUUGGUAUUCUUAGACUUUCCGAACCAGCUCCUGCUUACGACCUGGCUAUGAUGGCACUGGACUCAGAAGAAAGUGGUUGGUCAGAGGUCGAUGGGCCAAAGGAAGACCUGGCUCUUUACAUUGUGGAUUUCCUCAAGACAAAGACUGAAAUGCUGCGUGAUUAUUUCUCACUUGAAAUAGAUGAGCAAGGCCACAUCUUGACCCUUCCAAUGCUGCUAGAAGAUUACGUUCCUUCUCUUGACGGUCUCCCCAUGUACGUGCUGCGUCUAGCAACAGAGGUCAAUUGGGAUGACGAAAAAGAAUGCUUCAGAUCGUUUGCAAAGGAAACCAGUGAAUUCUUUUCUGUAAAGAAAAGUCUGUUCGCCUCACCCAGCCCAGACGCCACUAAAGAAAAUCCUCCCAGCAGUGACCAGCAGACUGACAACUGGAGGUGGACUGUGGAGCACUCGGUGUAUCCAGCUAUCAAGACAAUGCUGAUGCCACACAAACAGUUCUCGGAAGAUGCCAGCUUACUGCAGCUUGCUAACUUACCAGACUUGUACAAAGUGUUUGAACGCUGUUAAACUGUGAAGCAGUAUGUAAUAAUGUUUAUGAACAUUGCUGAACAGUGAAGCAAUAUUGUAACAAUGUUUAUAAAACUGUUGAAUAGUGAAAAAAUAUUGUAACAAUGUUUAUGAACAGCAAGCAAUAUGUAACAAUGUUUAUGAACAGUGAAGCAAUAUGUAACAAUGAAUAUUGCUGAACUGUGAAACAAUCUGUUACAAUGUUUAUGAACAGUGCAGAACAACAAAUCAAUAUGUAACAAUGUUUAUUAACAGUGAAGCAAUUAUUGUAACAAUGGAAAUUGCUUAACUGUGAAACAAUCUGUAACAAUGUUUAUAAACUAAAAAAAUAUGUAACAAUGUUUAUCAACAGUGAAGCAGUAUGUGCAACAGUGCUUAUGACACACUACUACAAACUUACAGUCAAGAAGCAACGGUUGAAGAGAUAGAAAGAAAAGGAGGAUCUUUUGAGUUAUACCAAUCUCAUAACUUGUACUACCUCAAUCUGAUUAUAACAGAGUUACUUAAAGGUUGAUGUCCUUCUUACCACAUUGUAUAAUUAUUUCUAGUUAAAACGUAGGUAUCUUGUUUAGAACAUUCCCUGUACAUCCAGUGUCUGAUUGGUUAUCCAAAUGUUCACAGAAGCGUAAAACAAAAUGACGACGUGGCCGUUUGGCUCAUGCCAGAAUUUUGAAGAUACUCGGUUUUCCAAAGUACAGUAGAAUCUCGUUGGCUCGACCUCAGAAGGGUCGAUCACACCGCAACGCUCGAACCAAAAACGAAGUCCCGAGUUGUUUUGUUCAGUAAACCCUUAU